UGAUGACAAGUUUUUGUUGGUACUUAAAUUUUUAACGGAUUGUGUUCUUUUACACAAGUUAAAUCGUCCCAUUGAGCGCUUCUUUUUAAGAAGUAAUACAAUAUGUAAUGCACAAUGAAACACAGUCGUAUUUAAAGUCGCUGAGACAAUACUAUGGUUCAUACUGAAGAAAGCAUCUGAUCUCCAUGGAAAUUAUAUCAACUAAUCGCCAAAAUGUUAAGAACAUGUCCUAUGUCCUGAGAAAGUGAUAUGUUUUAAUUACCUGGUAUCAUGGAUCCAAGGAAAAUCCAAGAGAACAAUGGGAUCCUUGCAGGCAGGGAGAGUUUUGGAAAUCUGGAUUUGCAUUUGGAUUUGGAGGACCUUGCAGACAUGAGUGAUUCGGAUUCUUCUGAUGAGAACCAGUUUUCAGAGGAGGAAUGGCCAAGUGCCAACGAAGAAGAGGAAGAGCUCAUGAAGCUGACGCAUGACAUGCAGGCCUCCAAUGAAAAGAAACCUGUAGUGACCAAAUUUAUACCCCAACCCCCACCACAAAAACCACCAGAGAUCAGUGGGGCUCUGCUGCCUUAUGAGGAUGGAAUUGAUGUUGAUAGUGAAGAAGAGAAUGAAAUUAUGAAGGAGAUCAAAGCCGAGAUCAGCAAACAGAUGAGAAGUGAAAUGAAGUCUGAACUAGAGGUGUACAGGGAGGGAAUGGAGGCCCUAGAGCAGGGACAGAUUCCUGGGGCCCGGGCAAGGGACACAAGUAAAGACGAGGAGGGGCUAGAAAACAUGGAACCCAAGUUAAAAGAGGCCUUCUUAAAGAUGCGUAAACUAGAUAGAAUCUUGGCCAAAAAGAUCAAGAAAGAAAAGGAAGUUAAGAGAGAUAGACUGCUGUUAGAACGCAGGAUUAAAGAGGAAAUAGAAGGCAUGAAAACAGAUGGAAAGGAAGAGAAUAGAGAAGAAAAGAACAACACCGACAAAUAUCUGGCAUUGACAUUACCUGCAAGACACAAUGAAGGAGUAAGGAUUAGUGAGAGUCCAGGACCAGAUGUGUUCACUACUGAAAUAAAUGAAGCCGAUUAUCCAGGACUUCGUAAAGACCAGCAACAAAAGAAUACCACCCAGAGAUCAGAUGGACAAACCAGUCAGAAUAGUCAGAGUCAGCAAGACACAAACUCUGAGUUUGGUAGUGAGAUGUCAGCUGAUUCUAGGAAAAGAAAACGUCGAAGGAAAAAUUUCAUUAAGCGGAACAAAGAAUUAGCAAAAGAUGCUGGUAGUGAGAUAGCAAUGACAGAUGAAGAGAAAGUUAGGGUGGAAGGCUUGUUAAAGGAUCUGGAUGAGCUUCCAGAUGUAUUAGAAGAUGAGGAUGGGGCUGAAAGUUGUUACCAGGUGGCUCUUCGCCCUGGGGAGGGAUUCUGUCCGGACCCAGAUGAAAUGAGGGUGCUGGAUGGAAUUGACAGUCGACUGAAGGAACUGUUGCCUCCUGAGGAAUUUGAGGAAGUGUCAGCUCGUCCUUCACAAAUGCACCAUAAAAAACUUUUCACACCAGUGGGGUUUAAGAACUCCAGUUUUGAACACUUUGGGGAGCGAGCUUUACUGGAGAACAAGGAACAAAGGGAGAUAAAAUCUCGUCUUCAGAGAAUAGAGGAUGAACUCGCCAAACUCCACAACCCCGAGGAGAUCGAGAUAGAGACUCCGGAUACUUUAUCAGAGGAUCAGCUGAAUGAUCUGUUAGAUCAUUGUGCCAGAUCUCUGUCUCGUUCAACUAUCAUGGGAAUGGAUUCAAGAGUAUCUCAACGAGAUAUGGAAUCACGAGAUACACAAAGAUCAGCUGCUUCAUCUCAAGCAUCCAUGCCCGAGUCUGAUGCAGAUUCCAUGUAUCUGCCAUCAGAGGACAUAACUCCAAGAAGUCACAGGUCUGCACGAGAAAUUCUGAUGGAGAAUCCCCCCAAGCUGUCUGAAGAGGAACUCCAGAAACUGCUGGCCGACGCCCACUUCCCCCUCCGGAGCCGACUGUCCACCCUGAGGGAGGAGGAGGAGAAGGAGGAAGAGGAAGAAAGUGAUAUCGAGUCAAGACCUACUUCUAUCUCAGCUGAAACAUGGAAGUUGAUUUCCCAAGAAAAAACUGAAAUCAGUGAACAAAAUGAAAGGGAUAGAAAUGUUCAUAAUAGUGAGGUGUUUACUAGUGUUACAGACACAGAGCGAAGUAACUCAAGGAACUCUCAAAUACCUGUGUUACCAGAAAUAAACCGAUCUGGGAGUCUAAUAGCUCAAUGGAAUAAUGAGCGACCAUCAAGUAGCAGCAGUCGCAACAGUUCUGUGCUGACCAUAAAAAACAGUUUCAAUGCUGCCAAUGUCAGCGACAGCAUAGAGAUCAUGUCUAUAGGCAGUGAGAGUGUGGCAUCCACACCCCGCCCACCCAGUGGGGACAAGCCCAGUAACCUGACCCAGAGGGCCAGGAUGGACAAAAAUAUGAUCCAGUCAACCUGAAGGUUUUAUUCUGUACUGUAAUAUUAGCAACUUGGAACAUGUUGACUCCGUCCUCUUUAUGGUUGUAUUUAUUGAACACUUUAUUUUGAUGAAAUGUUUUCUUCAUUAAAAUACAAAUAAUUCA